GUCACAAUGAAGUAAACAUAACCUCCAGAUAGUUCAAAUUUAUGUUACAAUCUAUCUCUAUCAAAAUUUAGCAUUUUGCUGAUAAAACCAUGUCAAGUAAUGGAUAAAGGACAUUUGAACGAAAAGUAUGCGAAUUUUAGAGAUGUAAAUGGUAACAAAUUAAGACUGUACAUGAACGAAGUAUCGACGUGUAAACAAAUAUCAAUACUGUCUGACCAAAGAGGUUUAUACAAACAAUCUAUUUUCUUAUUUGCCACUGCCAUUAUUGCUCUCGUUCUGUUAGAAUAUAAUUUAGUUAGAAUUGAAUUAAUAGUAGGAAUAUUGUUUUUUACCAUUAUAUGUUCAUAUUCGAUUUGUACUGCAACUAUCGAGGAAAGUUUAUUAAUAGUCGAAGGAUUGGGAAUUGAAAUUAACAAAAGGAACGCCAUUAGUACAAAGAAACUGUUCUUGCCUAAGGAACGAAUAAAAAUGAUUUUUAUCAAUGAAGUCAUUCUUAGGAGAAAAAUACUGUUCAUAUUAACCAUAUUAUUACGAGAUGUAGAUUGUGAUAAGCUGAUUCCAUUAUUUAUAGAGACUCUACCUGAACUAAAAUUACUUAAAAAUGUAUUAAAUUAUGUACAAUAUAAAAAAUCUGAAGUAAUUGAGUAACAUUAAAAUAUUACAAUAUGACGAUGUAUUACUUUAUUGUAUGAAACUAUAUGAAUCCCCACUGAACUGCCCUCGG